AUGGCUACGAACUUGCCAUUUCCAACAUUCAAAAGUACAGGAGACGACAAGCACGACAUGGAGAUCUUUGAAGAAGAUUUAAAAGAUUACUGUAUGCUAAAUAAUUGGUAUGACCUGUCAAAGUCAACCGAAGAAGAAAGAUGGAUCAAAGCUGACAAAGCAAUAGCUUGCCUUCGAGCAUGUCUUACACCAUCAGCAAGAACUGUAUACAAAUACAGCUUAGGUCUUAGCGAAGCAGAGCAAAAGAAGCCUCAUUCAGUACUUCAAGCAUUGCGAGAAUAUUAUGGCGCAAGUAUUGGAAUCUCGGGGAACGGCAAAAGUUUCUUCGCUUACUGCAACAAGACGCUGAAUCAAUAAGUUCAUGGGAGUCCCGUAUACGAAAUCAGAGUGCUCAGUGUGAAUACGAGAGUUUUGAAGACGAACUCAUGCGAGACCAGUUCAUAUCAGGCUUAGCAUCAGAACAACUCCGUGUUAAGCUCAUCGGCAAAGGUGACAGACAUAAGGACGGUGAACGAGCGAAGGUUACCCUGCGAGAAGUUGUCGAAGUUGCUAAAACAUUUGAAGCAACGACAGCGACAAAUCAACUCAUGAAAACGGCCAGAGAAACACAAGUGUAUGAACAAGUCAAUUAUAACAAUAAUACGAAACAAAAGCAAUCGAACCGCAACCCGUGUUUUUGGUGUAGUGGUCAACAUAAGCAAACCCGUCAGAGAUUCUGUCCAGCGUAUUCGAAAAGAUGCAACCAAUGUGGCACACUCGGACAUUUUGCCAGAGCUUGUAGAAACGCUGGAAACGUCCCUGGAAGCGUCGAGAGUCGAAAACCAUACAUGCAACUGCAACAACAACAAUAUGCAAAUCAAGUUGAAGUCGAAGAUAAUUAUGUAAAUGAAGAAUUGUUCAUGACAGAUCACGAUAUGAACAAACAAGAAAAUGCACGAAAAUUCUUCGCACAUCUAACCGUUGUCAAAACCAAUCGAUCAAAGGUUGUCAAAGCACAAAUCGAUUCAUCGUCAACGUGUAAUACUAUCCCUGUGAACAUUCUACAUCAACAUUUCCCGAACAUUAAAAUUGAGAAAACCAAAGCUGUGAUCCAGACAUAUGGAGAUCAACAGAUAAAACCAAAGGGCAAAGUGACUUUCUGCUGCGAAAGGAAAGGAAAAUUGCAUCUACUUGAUUUCCUGGUAGUCGACGUACCUCGUGGAAAACCGCCAUUGUUGAGUGGUCGAGACGCAGAGAUCCUGGGAUAUUUGGAUAUUCAUGCAGAUGAGAUUCAUUCCGUGAAUGAAGUAAAAACGGACAAGAAUUCAAAUGUGCAUAAUCAGAAAAUCCAGAAUGAACAGCUCAAUCAUCAGAAUUCAGAGUGCAAAGUCCAGCAAGCAACAUCCAGGGUCAAGAAAGUGUGCGUCAAAGAGCCCAACCCCUUCACAAGUCCAGCAAAAUUCCACAAUUGGGGGAGUUAACAAAAGAAUUUGUUCUAGAGCAUUAUGAUAAAGUAUUCCAACCAGGAAAAGGAAAUCCGUUGGGUGCACCCAUGCAUAUCGAGAUGGAUCCCGACAUUCGACCAGUACAUGCUCCUCGACGACAUAUUCCCGUUGCAAAGGUACAGAGAGUUAAUGAAGCAUUGGAGAAGCUCUGCGAAGGACGUGUUAUAGUUCCAGUCACACAACCAACGAACUGGUUAUCGAACAUGCUGAUAACAGAAAAGCCUAAUGGAAAACUCCGAAUAUGCAUUGAUCCAAGUCAGACAAUAAAUAAAGCAAUAAAGCGUCCAAUCUACACUAUUCCAACAAUCGAAGAAAAGCUUCCAUUUCUUACUAAAGCGAAAGUGUUUACAAUUGUUGACGUGUCAGAGGCGUUCCACAACGUAGUUUUAGAUGAACUCUCCUCUUUACUUACAACAUUCCAAGGUCCAAAUGGACGCUAUAGAUAUCUGCGCAUGCCAUUUGGAAUCUCAUCUGGUCCGGAAGAAUACCAACGAAGACAGCGAGAAUUUCUGGAGGGCUUGGAGGGUGUCAUAAACAUCGCUGAUGACAUUUGCAUUUUUGGAUGUGGAGAUACAGACGAACAAGCAAGUAAAGAUCACGAUAAGAACUUAAUUGCAUUACUGGACCGAUGUAGCGAACGUGACCUGCGAUUAUCAGCCAAGAAAAUCCAAUUCAAAGCAACUUCGGUCUCUUUCAUGGGACACAUCCUCACCGACAAAGGCGUUGCCCCUGGCCCAUCCAAAGUGAUUGCUAUACAAGAGAUGCCAAAGCCUGUCGACAGAAAUGGAGUUCAACGUUUCUUGGGAAUGUGUCAAUACCUGUCGAAGUUUUGCCCAAAACUGAGUAAGAUUGUCUUACCAUUGCGAGAUCUAACUAGAAUCAACGUAGAAUUUAUAUGGACAGAUGUUCACGAAAGCGCUUUCAACUCGGUGAAAGAUUUCAUUGCAUCCAGCACUAUUCUGCAGUACUACGAUGUCACGCUACCUGUAACCUUGCAAGUAGAUGCUUCAGAUGAAGCAAUUGGUGGGGUUUUACUUCAGAACGGGAAGCCAGUGUGUUUUACGUCGUAUACUCUUGAUUCAACUGAAAGAAACUACGGGCAGAUUGAGAAGGAGUGUCUGGCCAUCGUUACUUGUAUGAGCAAAUGGCACCAAUACCUCUACGGGAAGAAAAGCAUCCUCGUUCACACAGAUCAUCAGCCACUGGAAACAAUCUUCCGAAAACCGUUAAGUAAAGCACCUAGACGACUUCAGCACAUGAUGCUCAAGUUGCAACAGUACCAUUUCUCGGUCCAGUACAAAAAAGGGAAGGAGAUGUAUAUAAAUGAUACACAGACACAAGAUGGCGGAUGGUUAUGAAAGUGUGAGCUCCCUAUCUUGUUCGAUUUCUCAACAAAAAACCAACGUAGUUUGCCCAGAGAUUUCAAAAUCCACUUUCUUAUAUACAAGUGAAGGCAAUUUAUUUUGGAAGGGAGAUUUUGAGUGCUUGAAAGAAUUCAUAGAAGGCAAAAUAAAAUUGAGUGGUAGAUGGCUGUCGCCUGGUGGGGAAGCAAAGAAAUUUGUUAAUCAAAAUUUCUCCCUGAAAUGGCAGGGACCAAAGAGCAAAAGAUUAUCGAUCCUUGAAGACGACGAAGACAAAUACUUGGAGACGUGUCUCGAAGGAUUUGCACGUACAGCGAACAUUGAAUUCAAUGACAAACCCAAAACGUCCAUCGUCGAACACGUGCUUGCUCAUGUUGUUGUCCCCGAAGGCGAAAGCAAAGUAUCAACAUGUGACAAUUGCAAGGACAUGAAACCUGAAAUAGAUCGCAUAAUGUCGAUGUUUACGAAGUUACAGUUGAAGCAAGAUGAAGAAAGUCAACGAGCGGGUGAAUCCGAGGCGAAAGUCGAAAGUUUGGUUUCAGAACAUAUUUCCAAGAUGGCGACCGAAAUCGAAUCGCUAACUCUGCAAUAA